UAGGACAGGCAGCAGGUGGAGAGACAUGCAGACUGAUGAGCAGCAGCAGAGGAAGCCACUGUGUGCUGACAGCCGUGGAGAAAAGAAGCAACGAUUGCACGUCGCUUAUUCGCCCCAUGCAGCAGGCAACAUUGUUCUAAUUGCAGGGUUUAGGCACCUUUAAAAAAAAAAAAUAGCGCUUCCAGGCAUGGUUUCUCCGUCUGCCUCUCUUCGUCGAACGGGACGCCGGUGAAUAACAGUCCAUUGCCGGGUAGAUGACUGGAGGAACUCUCGUCGAAGUCAGCGGACAGAGAAAGCGGGGUUUUUUCUAUGGGAAAUGAAUGUGACCGGGAAGCAGCAACCUGAGCUGAUCGAGCGACCCGCCUGCCUUUUGGUUCCAACUUCGACAAAAUCUGGAAUUGCUUUGCUGUACAAUGAGGAGACCAACAAUACCUAUGAUGUCUGCCUGAAAUUGACCAAAGAGGUAUUAACCAUACAGAAGCUGGACGUGGUUUGCACGAGUGAAAGUGAAUCCCCAGUAAAUCACAGAACUGUUGUACUGCGAAGACAGGCUACUGGCGGUCUGGGCUUAAGCAUUAAAGGCGGUGCAGAGCACAACGUGCCAGUGGUUAUUUCAAAGAUUUUCAAAGAUCAAGUAGCCGAUCAGACGGGGAAGCUAUUCGUCGGGGACGCUGUGUUGCAGGUCAAUGGCAUAAAUGUAGAGCCCUGCACACAUGAGGAAGUUGUUCACCUCUUGCGCACCGCAGGAGAUGAGGUCACCAUCACCGUUCGCUACCUGCGAGAAGUUCCAUCAUUUCUAAAACUGCCUCUAGGUUCUCCCGGGCCGUCCACCGAUCACAGCAGAGUGUCCUCGCCACUCUCUGACAGCGGCUUACAUCUAAAUGGAAAUGGAAACAACGCAGCUCCAUCACCGCCUUCGCCCUCAGCUAAUGAGCCAAAGUAUGAGAAGCGCUGGCUGGAUGCCGUCUCCCUGCCCUUAUUGAUGGCCAGAGUCUCCAGAUACAAAGCUGGCACAGAUCAAUUAAGGUCCAACUGUUUUGAAGUCUGCGCCUUGGAUGGAGCCAGCGCCAAUAUUCUUCAAUUUUGCACCGCUGCAGAAAGCACCGACUGGCUCCAAGCAAUAUCUACAAAUGUCAAUGAGUUGACACAGGAGAACAUAAAGAUCGUCAACAAAUACUGCUCUUCAGAUGAUCAGAUUGUUCACAUGGGCUGGGCGAGUGAAAGCCCAGAGGGCCGCGCCGCUGGUAGAGCUUCAGCAUUCAAGUUUCUGGCACUGAGAGGACCAUAUUUUUAUAUCUUCAGAAGCCCCCCGAUCAGUGCCGCUGACUGGGGAGAAGCUGUAACAACGUAUAACCUCUAUGAGGUUCUUUUCAAGGUCCACAAGCUGUGGAUGGCAGAGGAUUGCUGGCUCCAGGCGAGGCUCUACUUGGGGCUGGAGCAUUCGCCUGAGCAACAGGACAACGAGUCCCUCUGCUUCAGUAUUCUGGUCGGCCACGGCCAGAGCCACACCUUCAGGGUAGAGCUGGCUACGGACCUGGCUAUCUGGGAGAAGUCCUUCCAAAGAGCUGUCUUCUUGGAGGUGCAGCGAAUACGGUCCAAAAGCUACAUGUGCAGCAGCCAGGGGAAUGUGCUGUGCUUCACCAUAGAUUUUGGAUCGGGGUUCACCUGCUCAGAAGGCAAUUCAAAGACCGCACUGUGGCGAUACAAGUUCUCUCAACUUAAAGGCUCCUCUGAUGAUGGGAAAACCAGGGUAAAACUCCUCUUCAAGAAUGCUGAAAGCAACCAAAUAGAGAUGAAGGAACUGGAGUUUGCAAAUCUAACAGCCGUCCUUCACUGUAUACAUUCUUUUAUCGCUGCCAAAGUGGCCUCCAUGGACCCUCUCUUUAUGUGCAGUCAAAGCCUCCCUGGAAAUUACAUGAACACUUGAGAAGACCCGUCCUCAUUGUCAUGUGCACCUGUGGCAAAUCGGCAGUAUUUUAUUUUCAGCACAGAGCCAAUUGAUAUGUACAUACUGUUCUUGUUAUUUUUGUAUGAACUGAAAAUAAUAAAUAUUUGUAAAAGACUGUAAAA